AUGGAUCUGAUAGGAGCACUGCCAACAGGUAGGGUAGGAGUGAAGUACGCAAUUGUAACUGUGGACUCCUACACAAUGUUGGUGGAAGCAGAACUGUUGGUUCAUAUAACCGCCAAGCAAGUAGUCUCCUUCGUCAACAAGUUCAUUAUAUGCCGGUUUGGAGUUCCUUACAAAAUCAUCACGAAUAAUGGUACUCAGUUCAGAGACUUAGUAGGAGCAUAUUGCGAGGAGACGGGAUAUAAAGAGAAUUUUCAGUUGUGGUGCACUGCUAGGCCAAUGGCCAUGUGGAGGCCACCAACAAAAACAACCCCCCACACUACGAUUAUAGAAACCCCAUUCUCUUUAACUUACGGGUGUGAGGCUGUACUCCCCGUCGAGAUGCAGAUAAACUUUAACAAGGUCCAAACAUUUGAAGAAAUAAGGAAUGAGGAGGCACUAGCAGAGAGCUUGGACAAACUAGAGGAAAAAAGGGAAAAGGCUCAGAUGAAGGUAGCCGUAUACCAACAGAGAGCAACCAGGUACCACAACUCCAGGGUGUGA